AAUGGGAAUGGAUUCAUGUGUUGCAGCUUUCAAGCAAUAGAUUUGAUUGAUAUCUCGAAUUUAAACUGAAGUUAUCAUUUGCUUUCAUGGCAUAUGGUCUCGGGACCAGAUUUGGCUCCACCACCCAUUACUCCGGAGACAACUCUGCCUCCGGUUGGAAUGGAUGGCUAUAUCCAGUCCUGUUUAUUGUGUUACCAAUAGUGGCGGGUCUUAUGUUAUCAUUUGCUUUCAUGGCAUAUGGUCUCGGGACCAGAUUUGGCUCCACCACUCAUUACUCCGGAGACAACUCUGACUCCGGUUGGAAUGGAUGGCUAUAUCCAGUCCUGUUUAUUGUGUUACCAAUAGUGGCGGGUCUUAUGGUAAUAGCACUGAUUGGUUGUAAUGUAUACGAAUACUACCAGAAGAAGAAGCGUUUGGAACAAUACGAACACUAUUCCGAUCACUUCUACCCUCAAGUCAAUGACAGUAAGCCAUACGAUGGCAACGCAGAAUGCAUUGACAGCACCGGCUAUAACGAGGCUCAGUUCACGUACAACACUAUUGUCGGCAAUUACUUCCCUAAUCAGGACCAGAAUAAUGUCCCCAUCAGACCAAUGAGUGGUUGGGUCGCACCACACAUCUGACACCUCUCUCUCUCUCUCUC